AUGGCCUCCGUCAUCUCGUCCGGGACGUCGCCCAUGUCUGGGUUCUCCCAGGUGGACGACGACCUGGAGUCAUGGCAGUUCCUCGACACGGACGGCGGUGGGAAUGCCGCCGGGUCGCUCCAGGAGCUGGCCGGAUCGCUUGGCCUUGACACCAGCCCGUCGAUCAUCAGUCAGGGGUCGUGGGGGAUCGUUCGCAACACCGCCGCGCAUCAGCAUCAAAACCAUCAACACCAACAACAGCACUAUCAGCAACAGCAGCAACAACAACAACAACAUCAGCAGCAAAUGUUGUUGCAGACGCCGUCGCCAGGGCCGCUCAUGGACCACGCGCUAUCCGUCUCGCCCCUGAACGGCGCCGCAUCCUUCGCCAACGGGUCCCCGGCCGCCGCCGCGGUCGGUAACGGGGCGGCAGGCUUUGGGUUCUCCAGCUCGCCGCUGGACACUCAGCAGCACGUCUCGCAGGGCCAGUUUGUCAUUGAAGCGCUGCAGCAUGGGCAGGCCUUUGGCGUGGGAUCAAACACCGCCGCCCUCUUCGAGCAAAGCCAGAUCGAGUUUGAUUUCGGCCUCAACAAUUUCCCCAUGCUGCCAGAUAAUGGGUUCGGCGUCGAUGAUGCUCACUCUCAGUCGCUCGUGCACUUCAACAUCCCUUCCUCCAUGCAGACUGGCGUCAACGCUUCGCCUCCAUGGACACAUAUCCCAAUUCAACAACAGUACAGCACAGCCGUCGUCCCCGAUUCGUUCGACGGCCACUCAGGCUCAUCCAUCGGUCACUUCACGCCCCAGUCAGGGUCGUCCAUCGACCUGAGCCCAAAGGCCUCACCCGGAUCGCUCCAGUUCAGGCUCGAAGGGAGCAGGUCAGCCACCAGCAAGGCCAUCCCCAUACCGACGGCGGACAAGAAGGACCGCGCCGCGUCCAAGGUGCGGAAGACCCAGAAACGCAAGAGCUCGACGCCGCCGUUCCUGUCGACGUCCUCGGCGUCGAGGGUCGCAGAGGCGGCGGCAGCCCAGGGGGGAGGAGGAACAACACAAGGGUCAGCAGGCGCGGCGGCGGCAGAGAACCCGGUGUUCCUGUUCUGCAACGCGACGCCGGACACGUGGGCCAAGGGGGGCGGGUCCUUCGACGGGACGCCGGACGCGUCCAAGGCGUCGCAGAAGGGCCGCAAGGGGGCGCUGUCCAACGACACGCGGGCCAACGCGCUGGCGGUGCGGCAGAAGGGCGCGUGCUUCUGCUGCCACGUGCGCAAGGUCAAGUGCGACCAGCAGCGGCCGUGCCGCAGCUGCGAGCGCUUCUGCGCGCAGGUGCCGCAGGCCGUGUGCUGGCAGUUUGACGACUUCACGCGGGCGCUGUUCCCGCCGUUCGUGCGCGGCCACUUCGCGCGCGACGAGAUGGCGCGCUUCGUCGCCGACAACGUCGCCAGCUUCACGCUCAACGGGGCCGAGCACCCGGACGUCACGGUCGUGCUCUCGUCGGGCGCGGGCCUGCGGUCCAAGCUGUCCAUCAAGGCCAAGUUCUUCACGCCGCGGGCGCCGACGUCGGACGUGAUGCAGCACUGGUUCCACACGGUGGGCGGGCGCAGCGGCGGCGGGGGCGAGGACCGCGUCGACCUGGAGGCGAUGAGGUCCGCGCCGCUGGGGCUGGACUCGGAGGGGUCCGGGGUGUCGUUCAAGGCGGAGCUGAAGCGCAAGGUGGAGAAGUACGUCGACGAGAUCGUGCAGGAGCCCGGGUGGUCGCUGCAGCUGGCUGCGGGGAUGGCGCGCAAGACGGACCUCCCCUGCCGGGUGCUGCAGGUCGCGCAGCGGUACGCGCAGCAGUCCGGGUCGGCGAUCGUGCGGCGGGCGCUGGGCGUGUACACGAUGCAGUACAUGAUCGGGCACCACCUGACCAUGACGCCGCAGUGCGUCGAGAGCCUGCGGCACAUUAACCCCGUGGUGGCGAGCGGGCCGUGGAUGACGCCGCGGCUGCUCAACCGGCAGGUGAAGGCGGUGGUGGACGAGCUGAUCGUCGAGGGCGUGACGACGCUGUUCGACGAGUUCGGCAAGAUGCUCAAGAGGCGCGGCAAGGCCGAGUGGGCGCCCUGCACGGCGGCGUUCCUCGUCUUCUGCCUGCUCAUGGAGUCGAUCCAGGCGUCGGCCGACGUCUUCGCCAUCUCCGAGAUCGAGAUCGAGAUGCGCAACCGCCGGCCCGUGAAAUUCCGCCGCGCCGAGGCCCUCGACGCCAACAGGGCCAUCGAGGACAUGCCCUUCAAGCAGUUCGUCUUCCAGUUCCACCAGAUCUACCAGUCGCACUCGAGGGACGCGUCGUCAAAGUCCUUCAACCCGCUGGUGCACGACAGCCACGACGGGGACGGCCAACUGGACGCCGCGGCGCUGGAGCUGAUCAUGAGCCUGAGGAGCAUAGUGCAUCUGGACUACGGUGAGCUGAAGUGGCUGACGCCGGCCCCCAUGGCGCCCGCUGGCGAAAGCCACCCGUACCCGCGCAACGUCGAAGAAGACUACAUUGGGCGUUUACUGGCCAAGUUCCUGCUCUCGUUUCUAGACAGCAGGUACAUCUGUGAGGACUAG